AUGACUGUCGCAAAGCGUGCGGCGCGGGCAGCUCCGCCAGCAUCCCAGGUGCGCAACGCCACCAUCGCGCGCCAGCACCUCGAGUCGCUGCUCAUGCCAGCGGGCAAGGCAUACUUACUCGGCUACGUCAUGGACAUCCUCCCCGCCAUCCUCAAGGCGCUCAUCAAGUUCGUCACCACCGAACUCAAGCGCAUCCGUGCCGACGAAAAGCGCCUGCUCGAAGAGCGAAGGUACGCAAAGGAGUCCGGUCAGCCGCAUGCCAAGCCGCACGUGCUCGACGGCUUCAAGUCGGUGUUGCCCAGCUUCUACCGUCUGCCCACGCUGCUUCACGCCAUCGCCAAUGCGCUCGUCGUAGCGCUCGGCACAAACGGUAUGGCUAUCAGCUGCUUCCUCGCCAUGGCUGGUUGGCGCAUCUCGGAAUCUCUUGUCUGGUGGCCCAUUGCAAAGUACUAUGCGCUCAAGCUGGCUAACCCGGCGACGUCGAGCGAGGCGCAGACUGUCAAUGCCCUGCGCCAGGCGCGCAUCGCAGCAACCUUUGUCGCGUCGUCGCUCAGCUCGGCGCUGGCGAUGAUGAUGCUUCAGCACCAGAGCGAGGCUGCACUCCAGGCCAAGAAGGCUCCCGCUCAAGGCGGAGCGGGUGCUCCGCUGCUUACCAUCGACACCACGCCCGGUUGGAUUCCCAAGAGCAUCAGGCCUUCCAACCUCGGAUUCUUGGGCAGGAGGCUCAAUGCCAACAACGUGCCUCGCAUCGCUAGUCUCGCGCCCGCCGGGCACUUUCUCUCGCGACUCACCAGCCUCACCGUCCCCGCUACGCCGGGCCUCACGCCGGGCUCGCAGGGUGUCAGUCCUUCGGUGCCGGCCAGUCCGGAUCCAAGGGCUCCGCCUUCGCCCUCGGCUACGCUCACGCCUCUUCCGCGCGCGUCGCAAGAUCCAGCACCUGCAGCGGACAAGGAUGCGGCACACCAGCCGGGCAAGAAGCCGCCACUGGGCAGGCCGAGCCCCACUAUCGACCUCACGCUGUUUGCGCUCGUGCGCGGCAUGGACACGCUCGUGCGUGCGCUCGCCGCGCCUGCCGCUGCGAGCAAGAGCCGGCUUCGUGCAUCGGCGCCAGCGACGGCGGCUCCGCGCUCGCGUGCACGAGCCAUGCUGCGCAGCGUGGCGCUCGGGCUGGCCGACCAGACCGAGGGGCUGGUGUUUGUGGUGUGCUGCGCACAGAUCAUGUGGUCGUGGUUCUACCACCCGGAGCGUCUGCCGCCCACGUACGUGAAAUGGAUCACCAACCUCGCCACCAUGGACGAGCGGCUGCUGCUCGCGCUGCGCUGCAUCCGAAGCGGCAAGCCGCUCCACUGGGCGUAUCAGAGCAAACAGAUGACGCCCGAGGGUGUGCAUCUGCUGGGGAGUCUGGCGGAAGAGCUCGGCCAUCCGUACCAGUGGGGCGAUCCCACGAGGUUGCCCAAUACCGCGGCAGAGGCGCGUCAGAUGGCCAAGCAGGCGCGUGCAGAAGCAGCAGCCAAGCGCGCGGCGGGGCAGGAGGUGGCGCAGCUGGAUGGGUUUGUGCUCCACGGCGCGGCGGGGCCGAGGGGCAGGGGAGAGAUGGGGGGUAUGCCGUGCGAGCUGGUGCACUGUGGAACGGGCGGUGCGAAUUGCUACAAGAAUGCGCUCUACAGGUGGAUGCGCGGCUGGCGGAUGAGCAUGGCCAUCUAUGUGCCUGUGCAUCUGCUGCCGAGGUUGCUCUUCAAUCCGCGUGGCUUUGCGGCGGCCCCGCUGGCGAAUAUGCUCAAGACGCUGCUGGGGGCGGCGAGGUCGGCGGCGUUUUUGGCGACGUUCAUCGUGGGCAACUGGUUCCCGAUCUGCUUGGCGCGCUCGGUGGUGCCACGAUGGUUGCCGGGAGUGCCGUUUACGUUUUGGGAUGCGGGCAUUGGGCAGGCGCUGGGGAGCAUCGCGUGUGGAUUCAGCAUCUUUAUCGAGGAGAAGCGCAAGCGCGCAGAGAUGGCGCUCUACGUCGCCCCGCGCGCGCUGUUUGCGACGGCAGAGAGCGCUAAGCCCGGAUGGCUGAGCCAGGGUCAGAGAUCGGCGCUGUGGGCAGAGAGGAUGACAUUCGGUACGGCUGUGGGUGUGGUGGUGGCCGCGGCGCGGUAUAGGCCCGAACUGCUCAGGGGCAUUACCGCAGCCAUGGGUUGGGUCGCAAGACCGCCCGGCAGACCCAGCUCCGGAAGGAACUAUGCGCGCAGCCAGUAG